GCUACCGCAUGCCCCUCGGGGAGGCCACCGUCUCCCCCAAGGUCGUGGACACGCGCUACGGCCGGCUGCAGGGCCUGCACCUCCCCCUCAAGGACACCCACCGCCACCUCAAGAACCUCAACGUGUGGCUGGGGGUGCCGUACGCGACCCCGCCCGUGGGGGGCAACCGCUUCAGCCCCACGCGCACGCCCUCGCCGUGGGACGGCGUGCGGCCCGCCACCAACCCGGGCCCCGCCUGCCCGCAGCUGCAGCCCGACAUCCACAACGAGAGCGUGGCGCUGCUGCGGAUGCCCCGGGCGCGCCUGCAGCACCUGAGGCGCCUGCUGCCGUACUCGUCGCGGCAGAGCGAGGACUGCCUCUACCUCAACAUCUACGCCCCUGCGCCAGAGAACGGCGAGUCAACGCGCAAGCCGGUGCUGGUCUUCAUCCACGGCGAGUCCUACGAGUGGAACUCGGGCAACGCGUACGACGGCAGCGUGCUGGCCGCCUACGCCGACGUGGUCGUCGUCACCGUCAACUACCGCCUCGGCAUCUUGGGCUUCCUGAACGCCAACCCGGCCCCCGGCGCGGUGGCGCGCGUCGCCAACUACGGCCUGAUGGACCAGCUCGCCGCCCUGCACUGGCUGCAGCAGAACGCGGCGCUCUUCGGCGGCGACCCCUCCAGCGUCACCCUCAUGGGCCACGGCUCCGGCGCCGCCUGCAUCCAGUUCCUCAUGGUGUCCCCCACGUCCACGCCAGGCCUGUUCCACCGGGCCAUCCUGCUGUCGGGGUCGGCGCUGUCGUCCUGGGCGCUGGUGGAGGACCCGGUGCAGUACGCCGUGCGCCUGGCGCACCAGGUCAACUGCUCGCUGCCGGACAACCUGCUGCGGGACCACGAGGCCAUCGUGGACUGCUUGAGGGAGACGCCGCUCAGCACGCUGCUGCACGCCGACGUGAAGCCGCCCACCUUCCUGUCGGCCUUCGGGCCCUCCGUGGACGGCGUCGUCAUCAAGCACGACGUGAUGCGCCAGCUGCUCACGGCGCCACUCGCCGGCCAGGAGCGCGCGCCCAGGGAGGGGUUCUCAGUGUUCGAAGGCUACUCUGACGACAACCCAGGCGCCUUCUCCGCCGCCGCCGCCAAGCUGUUCCCCCCGGGGCUGGGCAGCAAGGGCUACGACCUGCUGUUCGGCGUGGUCACCGGGGAGGCGCUGCUCCGCUUCCCGGAGCGCGACCUGCAGAACGGCUUCGAACCGGAGCGCAGGGACAGGAUCCUCCGGACGUACGUGCGCAACGUGUACUCGUACCACCUGCACGAGAUCUUCUCCACGGCCGUCAACGAGUACACGGACUGGGAGCGCACCGAGCUGCACCCCAUCAACACGCGCGACGCCACGGUGUCGGCGCUCAGCGACGCGCAGUUCGUGGCCCCCGUCGUGCAGAUGGCCGACCUGCUGUCCCCCGGGGGGCCCCGGCCCCACGGGGGGCGGAUGGGGACGGCACACGGCGAGGAGCUGGCCUUCGUGUGGGGCGCGCCGCUGGUCGGCGGCUGGCCCGGCCCCUUCGCCAGGAACUACACCAAGUCCGAGACCGGGCUGUCCGAGGCCAUGAUCAUGUACUGGUCCAACUUCAUGCGCAACGGGAACCCGAACCCGACGUCGAGCGCGGACGCCCUGCUGCCCGUUUCCCGCGAGAAGAACAGGUUCCGCGGCAUCACGUGGGGGCAGUACGACCCCGGCCACCAGAAGCACCUGGAGAUCAGCCUGAAGCCGCGCCUCAAGAACCACUUCCGCGCGCACCAGCUGUCAGUGUGGCUGCGCCUCAUCCCUGAGCUGCACCGCGCCGGCAUGGAGGACGUCGUCGGCCGCCACAACCUGUUCCGCAACCACCACGACCCGGGGCUGUACGACGGCCUGGUGCGCGGCCCGUCCCUCGUCGCUCAAGGUCAGGGCGGCCGCCGCUUCGGCAACAUCUCGCUGCCCGAGUCCGCGACCACGGACCUGCCGCCGUCCACGACCUGCAUCGGCGUCAUCCACUACCACACGCAGCCCACGGUGAACGGCAGCAGCGCGGACGCCGAGACCUCCAUGGCGUACAGCACGGCGCUGGGCGUCACCAUCGCCAUCGGCUGCUCGCUGCUCGUGCUCAACAUCGUCAUCUUCGCGGGCGUGUACUACCAGCGCGACCGCGCGCGCAUGGAGGUCAAGAACCUGCAGCAGCAGUCGGGCGGCGGUGGCGGCGGCGCGUCCGGCAACAAGGGCAAGUACAUGGGGUGCCCGUCGGCCACCGUGGAGGUGGAGCGCGAGCAGCAGGCCGCCAUGAUGCUGGCCUCCAGCACGCCGCCCAGCGGCUACCCGUCCAGCUCCAUGUACUCCUCGGGCAUGUACCACCUGGCCACCAUCAAGGAGCAGCCCUGCCAGCAGCAGUGCCAGGCCCAGUGUCAGCAGCAGUGCCAGCAGCAGGCGUGCCAGGCCGCCGACGUGCUGCACCUGCCGCCGCCGCCGCCGCCCGAGAUGUUCCAGACGGGCAUGGUGGUGGCCGCGGCGCCGGGGCCGGCCGUGUCGGCGGGGUCGUCGCGCGGCAGCAUGGUGCACACGUCCACGCUGCCGCGCGGCAACGUGCAGAUGAUGGCGGAGACGUCGCUGUCGACCGCCAACGGCACGCUGCCGUACUUCUCGUCGCUGCCGAGGCCGUCCUGCAGGUCGGGCGGGCCGGCGGCGCCGCGCGGCAAGCAGCAGCAGAGCCCCACCGAGUGCCACCGCGGCGCGGCGGGCACCGUCACGGCCAUCACCACCAACAACAACGCGCACGCCAACGCGCACAACAACGCCAACGCCCACGGCGGCGGCGGCAUGGGCAUGCCCUCCGCGGCCCUCAGCGAGAUGCGUGUCUGA